AUGGGGUCAUUCAGAAGUUUCCGCUUCCUCCUGAUCCUGUACCUGCUAAAAGGGACCCUGAGCAAUUCACUCAUUCAGCUGAACAAUAAUGGCUAUGAAGGCAUUGUCGUGGCCAUUGACCCAAAUGUGCCAGAAAAUGAAACACUCAUUCAGCACAUAAAGGACAUGGUGACUCAGGCUUCUCCGUACCUGUUUGAAGCUACAGGGAAAAGAUUCUAUUACAAAAAUGUUGCCAUUUUGAUUCCUGAAAAAUGGAAAACAAAACCUGACUACGUGAGACCCAAACUGGAGACCUACAAAAAUGCCGAUGUCCUGGUCGCUGCAGCUCAGCCAGGAGGGAAUGAUGAACCCUACACUGAGCAGAUCGGACGGUGUGGAGAGCAGGGCGAGAGGAUCCACUUCACUCCCGACUUCCUGGCAGGAAAAAUGCAGACUCAAUAUGGACCGCAAGGGAGAGCAUUUGUCCGGGAAUGGGCUCGUCUGCGAUGGGGAGUGUUUGAUGAGUACAAUAACAAGGAGAAAUUCUACUUAGCCAGCGGGAAAAACGAAGCUGUAAGAUGCUCAGCAGCUGUUACUGGUAGGAGUGAAUUCAACAAAUGCCAAGGGGGCAGCUGCAUCAGCAGGCCCUGCAGACCCAACGCCCACACAGGACUGUACGAGGAAGCCUGCGAGUUCCUCCCUGACACGAAACAGGAGGCCAAGGCGUCCAUCAUGUUCGCACAGAGCAUCAGCUCGGUGGUAGAAUUCUGUACAGAAGAAAACCACAAUAAAGAAGCUCCAACCCUUCAAAACCAAAAAUGCAACCUCCGGAGCACGUGGGAAGUGAUCAGCGACUCUGAGGACUUCAAGAAAACCACUCCCAUGACAACCCAGCCCCCUGCUCCCAGCUUCUCACUGCUGCAGAUUGGGCAAAGAAUUGUGUGCUUAGUCCUUGAUAAGUCUGGAAGCAUGUCGAGUGACGACCGCCUUAAGCGACUGAAUCAAGCCGGCAAGCUUUUUCUGCUGCAGAUUGUUGAGGAGGGAGCCUGGGUUGGGAUGGUGACCUUUGACAGUGUCGCCUAUGUACAAAGUGAACUCAGGCAGAUCAAGAGCAGCGCCGACAGAACUGCGCUCACCAAAAGCUUACCCACAGUGCCCGCGGGAGGGACGUCCAUCUGCUCUGGCCUUCGAGCGGCGUUUUCAGUGAUUAAGAAAAAAUACCCAACAGAUGGCUCUGAGAUUGUGCUGCUGACUGAUGGGGAAGACAACAGCAUAAGCAGCUGCCUGAAGGAAGUGCAGCAGAGUGGUGCCAUCAUCCACACCGUGGCCCUGGGACCAUCAGCAGCUCUGGAACUAGAGGAGCUUUCCAAAAUGACAGGAGGUUUACAAACAUAUGCUUCGGAUCAAGUGCAGAACAACGGCCUCAUCGACGCUUUUGGAGCCUUUUCAUCAGGCAACAGCGCCGCCUACCAGCGCUCCAUCCAGCUUGAAAGUAAGGGGACAACCUGCAAGAGCAAGGAGUGGAUGAAUGGCACAGUGGUGGUGGACAGCUCAGUGGGGAACGACACGCUGUUUCUUGUCACCUGGACAUUGCAACCUCCCCAGAUCCUCCUCUGGGAUCCCAGUGGGAAGAAGCAGAAUGACUUUUCAGUGGACAAAGACACCAAAAUGGCUUACCUCCAAGUCCCUGGCACUGCCAAGGUGGGCAUUUGGAAAUACAGCCUGCAAGCAAACUCACAAACAUUAACUCUGACUGUCACCUCCCGCGCACCAAGUGCUACCCUGCCUCCAAUUACAGUGACUUCCAGAACAAACCAGGACACAGGCAAAUUUCCCAGCCCUAUAAUAGUUUAUGCAACUGUUCACCAAGGAGCCUCACCAAUUCUCAGAGCCAAUGUUACAGCUCUCAUCGAAUCAGUGAAUGGAAAAACCGUCACCUUGGAAUUACUUGACAAUGGGGCAGGUGCUGAUGCUACUAAGGAUGAUGGUGUCUACUCAAGGUAUUUUACAGCUUACGACACAAAUGGUAGACACAGUGUAAAAGUGAGGGCUUUGGGAGGAAUUAACACAGUCAUACAGAAAGCAACACCCCAGCAGAAUGGAGCCAUGUACAUUCCUGGAUGGAUUGAGAAUGAUGAAAUAAAAUGGAAUCCUCCCAGAUCUGAAAUUUAUAAAAAUAAUCUUGAAGACAACCAAGUGAGCUUUAGCAGAACAUCCUCAGGGGGUUCUUUUGUGAUUUCCAAUAUCCCAAAGACAUCCCCACCUGACCUCUUCCCACCCUGUCAAAUCACCGACCUAAAGGCCAGAAUUCAAGGAGAAAAUCUCAUUAAUCUGACUUGGACGGCGCCUGGGGAUAAUUAUGAUCAAGGACAAGCUCAGAAGUAUAUCAUUUGUAUAAGCACGAGUGUUCUUGAUCUCAGAGACAAGUUCAACAAGUCUGUUCAGGUGAACACGAUGGAUCUCAUCCCAAAGGAGGCCAACUCUCAGGAAGUCUUUGUGUUUAAGCCAGAAAACAUUACCUUUGUUAAUGGCACAGAUCUCUUCAUUGCUAUUCAGGCUGUUGAUAAGGUCAAUCUGAAAUCAGAAAUAUCCAACAUUGCCCGAGUAUCUUUAUUUAUCCCUCCCGAGACACCUAGCAUUGAAGUCACUCCCACCUGUCCUGAUAUUAGUAUCAACAGCACCAUUCCUGGAGUUCACAUUUUAAAAAUUAUGUGGAAGUGGAUAGGGGAAUUGCAGCUAACCCUAGGUUCAGGCUGA